CAAGAUAGACAUCAGAGAGCUGAAUGCUUUGUAGCUCUCCCUGCAGGAGUGAUAAAUAAUCCGUCCCUCCUCAUCCUGAGUGUCAGUCGGGGAGGCUCCCUCUGCACUCUUCCAGCUUUCUUCUCUUUGCCUUUUCUUUCUUAAGUUCCCCCUCUGCCCCGCUGCCAUGGCUCCAACCCUUGCCACAGCCUUCAACAGGCGCUGGUGGAUGGCAGUGACCGCCAUUAUUGAGAACCUGUUCUUCUCUGCUGUGCUGCUGGGAUGGGGAUCACUCCUCAUCAUGCUGAAGUCAGAGGGCUUCUACUCCUAUCUUUGCAAUGAUGAAGGUAACAGCUCCAGCUAUAAUCUGUCUCAACCUGCGGCGACGCCAGCAUCCGAUGACUUUUCAGAUGAGUUCAAAGGGGAUGAUUCUGUAGUGGGUGUGGGAGACGGGGUGGAGAUUAAGCACCUGGUACCUGAGGGACCCCUGAGGAUGAACGGCUGGCUGAUCUGCAAAGAACAAGACGAGAUGCUGAAUCUGGCUUUCACCAUUGGCUCUUUCCUGCUCUCAGCCAUUACGCUGCCACUGGGGAUUGUCAUGGAUAAAUAUGGGCCUCGGAAACUUCGACUGCUGGGCAGCACUUGCUUUGGCUUUUCCUGUCUACUCAUGGCUUAUGGGGCCUACAAACCAAAUGAUCUCUCCGUUCUUAUCUUCAUUGCACUCACUUUCAACGGCUUCGGAGGCAUGUGCAUGACUUUCACCUCCCUUACACUCCCUAACAUGUUUGGAAACCUUCGUUCUACCUUCAUUGCUCUCAUGAUCGGCUCAUAUGCUUCAUCUGCUGUCACUUUCCCUGGUGUCAAGGUCCUCUAUGAUUUUGGUGCAACGUUCAUUACCAUUCUUGUGGUGUGGGCUUGUUGUGCUGGUCUGGUCUUCCUGAACUGCUUCUUUAACUGGCCGCUGGAGCCCUUCCCUGGACCUGAAGAUAUGGACUACACUGUAAAGAUCAAGUUCAGCUGGCUGGGUUUUGACCAUAAGAUCACAGGGAAGCAGUUCUACCGCCAAGUAACCACAGUGGGCCGCCGUCUGAGCGUCAGCAACAAUGUGAAACAGAAGGAGGUGGUCGCUAAAGAUGGACGCACUCUCUGCCUUUCCACCAUGGACCUGGAAAUGGACUGCAAGCCUGAGGAAGAAUCCGAGUCUUUUCUGAAGAGCAUCAUGAGCCCUAUUUUCUUGCUCAGCGCGCUGACCAUGUGCAUCACUCAGCUCCGUCUCUUGUUCUACAUGGGGGCCAUGAACAGCGUCCUGGAGGUGCUAUGUGGUGGAGACCUCAACACAGUGAGUCUGUACUCCUCCAUCUUUGGUGUGCUGCAGCUGCUUUGUCUGAUGACUACCCCAGUGAUUGGUCAGAUUAUGGACUGGAAACUAAAGGACUGUGAUGACGGCGAAGAGGACAAGAAACCUUUAAGCCAAGGGGAAAGCAAAACAAAGCGCAGAGACAAAAAGACCCAGAAAGUGACCAACGCUCUGAGAGCAUUCGUCCUCACAAACAUGCUUUUGGUAGGAUUUGGUAUCACCUGUUUGAUACCGAACCUCCAAAUACAGAUCGUCUCUUUCAUCUUACAUACUGUAGUGAGGGGAUUCAUUCACUCUGCUGUUGGGGGCCUUUAUGCUGCCGUGUAUCCCUCAUCUCAGUUUGGCAGUUUAACAGGGAUGCAGUCUCUAGCCAGUGCUGUGUUUGCUUUGCUGCAGCAGCCCCUGUUUUUGGGCAUGAUGGGACCACUUGGAGGAGACCCAUUCUGGGUUAACAUUGGACUCCUUGUGCUCAGUUUGUUUGGCUUCUUGCUGCCUCUCUAUCUGAUCUGGUACAGGCGGACGCUCCAUCAAGAACUAAAACAGAAAGCUGACGAUGCCAAGAUAUACAUCAAAAUCAACGGCUCAGAGAUCCCAGAGGCAUUUGUUUAAAGGGAGAUAGAUAUAGAAACAUUGUGAAGAACAGACGUCUUAAAAUGUUGAACACAUAAACAUCUCCAUAAGGGAGACAAGAUCCAUUUUUUUAUUCCCAA